UCUCACGUCGGUAAGAAGUGUAAAGAGAGGUAACUGGUGGUGCACAAAGUGAAUGCUACUAUAAAUGACGUAAUAUCGGGUGCUGGAAUAAAGAGCAAGUGAAAUAAUACCUGUUUCUACGGUGGAAUACUGUACUGUUUCGAAGAUCGGAAUCAGAUCAGGUUUAAAAGAUCAAUAAAUCGCUUAGGCAAAGUGUUUCCAAAUUGUGCUUUUCUGUGCGGAAUGGUGAUACAGUGAAAAAAGGGAGUAUUUGCUGGUUGUCUGGUUGCUCUAAUAGAAGGCCCCACUCGGGAGAGGAAUGAAGAAAUUCGAAAAAGAAAAUGGUUGAUAAUUUUGAGUGCGCUGGCUACACUUUUUACUCCAAAUUCGAUUCGGGAAAUUUGGGUAGAGUCGAGCUGGUUCGAUGCUGUGAAGGGCUCAAUAUAAUAGGCAACAAUGUUAGUAGUAGCAGUAGCAGCAGCAGCACCAGCCAGUCGGCAUCCAGUGGUACCGGCGGCACUUCUGAGCAGCUGUCUUCGACAGCCGGUUCACCAACUCUCCUCACUAGUGGCGGACCAUUAACGGUUACCGGAAGAUAUUCACCAACAGCACAAGCAUUGUCAACAGCCCCACUAUCACCCACGCAACAACAACAAACAACGACUGUUUCGCCGUCAAUCACGGCCACUAAUUCGAUAACAUCCGGCACUGUUGCGCCAACCGAACCGCUUCAUCACCAUCCGCUGCUCUACCAAUCGCACUACCAUGCCGCAUUCGUUGAGGUGGAGUUCAAUCUUUGGACGCGACCCGAUUGUGCUGGAACGCCGUACGAAAAUCAGAACAGAACCUGGUUCUAUUUUGCUGUGAGGGGUGGCCGUCCCCAUCAGAUUGUCAAGUUUAAUGUGAUGAAUUUGAAUAAACAGGCCAAAUUGUUCAGCCAAGGUAUGCACCCUGUGAUGAAAGUUGGCCCUGGCGGAAGGUGGGAACGGAUCAAGGAUAAGCCAUCGUAUGCGGUUACCAACGACGUUUUCUUUAUAUCGUUUCUUCAUCGAGCACCGGAAUCCCCGGAAACCAGAACGUACUACGCUUUCACUUUCCCCUUUACCUACAACGAGCUGCUGGAACAGCUGGGUAAUUUUGACAAACGAUUCGGACGACACCCGUUCGAGCUGCACCAGAUAGCUAGCGAAAUAUCCCAAAAAUAUGAAUCUACCACCGUGGCAGGUCCUGUGGAGGUGGUUGUUCCUCCGACCGGGCAGUGCGGUCUGUCAGCAAAAAAGGGUAAACUAAACAAGGCGUCAAUAUCUGAGCGCUGCAGUCCAGAAGCCUUCGAUGAUACGGCCCGGGACGGUUCAAGUGCCGAAGAUGCGAUGCAGCCGAAAGUGAAUGAACCGACGCCUGGGUAUGCAAGCAACAUCGGCUCAAAUCUGACUAGUGGUUUAGAUCAGGCUUCAUCCAUGUCAAUCGAUGACAACACAUCCGAAUCCAUGCAGCAUAUUACCAAUCUAGUGAAAGGGGUUAAGAUUGAGUUAAAACCGCAACAACCUAGCAAGACUAGAUUUCCAACUUUUCAACAAGUAUUGCACACUCCCACCUUGGACGACGAAGGAAAAGUUACGAAUCUCGACGUGAGAGACGAUAUCUACUACUAUAGGGAACUACUGACGCAUUCCGUCGAACGGAGGCGGGUUGAGUUGUUAACCAUUACCUCUUUCCAUGGGAUCCAAACGGCCCGCGAAGAAAGACUACGCAACCUGUUUCCCGACGAAAAGACGCCUCGGUGCCAUACAUUUAAGAAUAAGAAAAUCAUCUUCAUCUCGUCUCGUGUUCAUCCGGGCGAGACACCGGCAAGCUUCGUGCUGAACGGAUUUCUCAGUAUGUUGCUCGACAGGAAAAGCAUUGUUUCUAUUACGCUUAGGAGGAUGUAUGUGUUCAAAAUUGUACCUUUUCUCAAUCCGGAUGGAGUUUACAAUGGUCUAUAUCGGUCGGACACUAGGGGUCAUAACCUAAAUCGGGUCUAUCUGGCUCCCAACGUCGAAACGCAACCUGCCAUUUACGCCGCUAGAAAACUCAUCAGAUAUUAUCAUCUUGGUACCGAUGAGCCAGAACAUUAUGAACUGGAAAGCGAAAAGAAGUCGUUAGUGAAAAGUCCCGAUACAAGCAGUGAAGAGGUUCUCAACGUACCACCACCUGUAGACAAGAACCCUCAAGCGCUGGUUGAAAACACUGCUCCAAGUAAGAAGGAAAGCCUUCCAUCGAAAAAAGGUACUGCUACUAGGAAAAAACCCCAAAUAAUCCAAACUGAUAAAAUGAGACACAAAAUGCCCCGUCUUCCCAAACUAACACCGCCGAUAGUUACAUCCCCGAUCGGUGCCACUGGUGACACUCGUAAAACGCGAACGUCUCAAAGUGACUCAAACUGCUCGACGACAAAAACGACAGACAGCUCCAUUUCGUGGCCUGCCAAACUUUUGAAAAAAGUUUUAAGGCGCCGAAAGGCGACCGAUGUCGUCGUCCUCAACAAACUGCCCCUGAUUGCGCAAAGAAAAACUUCCCAUGCUCUUGCGCCGGUCAUCGAGGAACCGAUCAAUAUCGCAUCGGCCAUAGUAGCGGAAUCAAGUCGUUCCGCCAUGUUGCUCUUAAGGCAAACUAGCAGUUUGAUUGUGGAGAUUUCACAAUCGAUGGAGAAAAAUUGCGUUGACGAUUCCGAAUCAACCGAAGAAAACACUGCGUCGACGUCGGAUUCCGGAUUUGGUGAACAAACACCCACAGGCACCGUAAUCUCCGAAUCCUCUUCGACCGUUACUCUCGUCGAAUCUGAGCCAUCAUCAGUUCCUACAGUAGUCACUACGACGGUAUCCGCAAUUGCCACAGACUCGCUAAACACGGUCAGCACCGGAGGCAUUUUGAGCGAUACAACAGUCACCGAAGCAAUACCAUCCAGUGAGGCUGGUUCGGUGACAACUGUUGAUGAAGUGCUGCCACCGCCGAAGGUGUUCACCGAGCAACUGAUUCCGGAUCUAUUACCACUGGUGACGGAAAGCAGUCUCGUGUUGCGCCCUGUUCGUAGUUUUUCAAAUCUCAGUACUGGUAGCAGUAUGGUGGUCAACAACAGCCCAAACACGAUUGCUCAUACCAGCGCUCGGAAAACUUCUCUCACCACUGCCAAGGAAAGUGGAAGAAAGGUUUCUUCCUUUAAGAGUGUCAUAAAAGCUACACAUUUGCUAGGUUCUACCCCAAACACUCUUAAAACGAAAGAAUUUGGCGUAUCGCAUACAUCGCAACAGCAGCAGCUGCAAACUCAAUCGUCGGGGAGAGGAUUUGUGGGUGGGAUGGGUGCUAAGAAGAACACAACGUUGCACCACAAACGUGCAGAAAGUAAAGCUCGUCCACAGACCCCACAAAUCUACAGUCAUUUUCGGUCGCAUCGAAAUGAGUAUCUCAAUCCGGCAGGACAAAAACCCAUCAAUAUUAGCUUAGAUUUUCUGGCACAAUUGGAUGACAAAAUCGACAAAACUCUCUACGAGGAGAAGAGUAACAUGUUCCUAUAUAUUGACCUGCAUGGACAUGCUUCUAAAAAAGGUGUCUUCAUGUACGGUAACCAUUUGCCCAACACAGUUGAGGCAGUCGAAUGUAUGCUUCUGCCUCGUCUCAUGAGCAUCAACUCACAGCACUUUCAUUAUGAUGCCUGCAAUUUUAGCGAACGAAAUAUGUACUACAAAGGAAAACGAGACGGUCUAUCGAAAGAGGGUUCUGGACGAGUUGCCAUCUACAAAUGCACAGGGUUGAUAAAGAGCUAUACGCUAGAAUGUAACUACAACACCGGCAAAAGUGUCAACAUUCUACCACUGAGGGGAAAAGAAACUCCGACUUCUAAAGUGCAAUCGCCGGUUCCACCGAAGUACACACCUGCUGUGUUCGAAGAGGUGGGACGAGCCCUUGGUCCGUCGAUACUGGAUCUCACCAAUUCGAAUCCGCAAUCGCGUCUACUAAACUCCGAGUUCCGUACCCUGCAAGGGCUGCGCAAUAUGCUUCGCAUCGAAAUCGAGCGAGGCUCCUCGAAAGCUCGUGUCACCAAUAAGAUUCCGAAGCUACAUUCCAAGCGACUCAACAACCAGUCAUCGAGUUCGCUGGAGAUAGCGAAAGAAAACGCUAUCCAGUGGAAUAAUAUCGGUGGUUCUCAGGUUGGUUCCGUACCGGGCGGAGGAGGUGGUGGCAGUUCGACCGGAGUAGGCGUCACUGGAAAUGGUAAUGGAAAAAUUGGUAUCAGCAGUACCAAUGAACCACUGGGAGGGAAUGGAAAUUCCACUAGCUGCUGUUCGGCCUCAUCCAGUGCGGGGCGACAGUUUCUGAAAGGUGGUUCAUUGAAAACCCACACGGGUAAAAUUUCCCGUAAGGGUACCGGAAUCGGUACGAAAGGCUUUGGUAAAAAGGAUGCCAUCAAGAAGAACAAGAUUCUUUGUGAAUCGACCGUAGCAGGAGCGGUGAUCGCCGGUGGUAAGAAGCUACAGGAUAUGAUUCGCAGUAAGGAGCAACAUCAAGUGCCUCGGAAAAAGAUUAAAGUUUCGCCGCCCCACCAGCACGGAACUACCGGGGAUGGGUUUGAUUUGUGUUUCAAGACCAGCCUGUCUGCCACGUCACUGCCAAACUUUUUAACUAGCCCACCGUCACUUGGAGAGUUACCUUUGUCAAAGAAAAUUAAAUCCGAAUCAAAAAUGCUUGAAGAAUGUCUCGACUGUGAUGAUAGUUUGGAUGCGAUGCCAUGCUGCUCAUAUUCCCUUCCAACGACCACAUCAGGUGCAGUGGUACUAACUAAGCUUCUGUCAACUUACAGCCAAGCAGGAUCUCCUGGUUCGGUGGGAUCAAGUGAGUUACUGCCGCAGUCACCCGGGUCAGCCGGUAGCGGAACGAUGAGUAUAGGCGUUUUGUCGGGUGGUGGCCCGUCUUCAAUGGGUGACAAAGAAGCCAGUAAAGAAGGCCGCUUCAGUAAGUUUAGCAAAGCAACCUCCGCCAAGCAGCAGGCCAAAUUGGGCAAAUCAUCCAAAUCGAGUGACGGUAGCAAAUUACUGAAGAAAAAACGUUCGCUUAAGACUGAUACGAACCUGAAGCGAAAGAAAACCCGAAUCCGGCCAGCACUUACCUAGAUUUAGUAAUUUGGCCGAUGUGAUCUAAAACUGAUGUUUUUUUUAAUAAUUUUAUUUAUGAAUUUUUCUAUGAAAAUUUUUGUUUUCGUUUAAAAUGGGAUGCCGAGAAAAAAAGUGCUUUGAAACGACUUGUAGAAGUAAAGUGUAAGAGUUACAAAGAAGUUCUGUAAGGGGGAAUUGUAUCGAAUUGAAAAGAUUCAUGCGUAGUUGCUGCUACGGUACGACUAGAAAAGAGAACAUUCGGACUAUUACGCAAGCAUGGUAUAAGUUUUUCCGUUACCUUUUUCUGUUUUCAGUUUUUUUUUCAUUGCUAUGAGUAAUACAGCAAUUUACCUGCAUUGGACGGCUGUUAAAAUUGAUCAGCAUUCGAUACUUACUUUUCUUGAUUUUGAAGUGUUCCUUAAUUUGAAAAUAGGCUGCAGUUGUCCAUACUUGGUUUUCUAAUUUUUACUGUUCAUAACUCAUGAUUCGCAUGCAUUUUGUGAAAUCUAUCGAUUCGCGAAUCGGUUCUCAAUGUACGAACAACCAAAAUUCUAUAAUCAAUCUCUUGGUGUUUAUGCUACAAACCAUACAGCUCCGACGUAAAAAAAAAAGAUUAAUCGAACUUAGGUGGGUACUUUUAGCAUGUUCGUCUAUUCCAUAUGGACGUUUGUUGGUUCAAACACAAAAAAAAUUCGAUAGAUCAACAUGUGAUGCGAACAUUGACAUCGUGAGAGUGUUUGGUGAGGAUAUUGAAAAAAAAAAUGAAACGCCAGCAAUUAACACAAUGAAAUUAGUCAUAUUUGCUGUGCAGUCAGUCAAGACUUUGUGCAAAUGCAAUAAAAAUAUAUUUAAACGGUAUGAAAUUUUGUUUUAUCUGGUACUAUGCUUUACAUGGUAUACGCUGAAUCCGAACCAGUGCUGUCAACUGCUUUUUCCAAAAAUCUGUAUUCGGCGACAAAAUUUAUCUGUACAAUAUCUUUCUCGAAAAAUCAAACAUCGAUUUAGUGCGGAAACUGAUUUUGCGACCAAAAAAAAGGUCGCUCGACCUGGUUUACCCCUAUGGAAUCCAACACAACAACUGAAAAUCGGUAUUUAUCUGUACGAAAAUUGAGAAAUCGGUAUUUUGAGAGAGCAUAUCUGUAUUCCUGUAUCGAGUCCAAAAAUCGGUAUAAAUACCGAGAAAUCGGUAUAGUUGGCAGCGCUGAUCCGAACGCCCCCUCUAAUUGCUCCGUCUAUUUUAUUAACAAGAUAUCUAGCUCUCACAUUUCCCGAACAAAUCAUUGGUAACAUCCUUUAAUGCGAGCAUGGCGCCCUCAGACGAAUCUCGUAUCGUGCGCGCUAUACAAUUGACAUGACUGAACUGAAGAUUUUGAACGCUUCAAGCUGAUAGGGUCUAAUCUCUCAACACGUCGUUUAACAUAUUCCCGGUCUGAUAAUCAGAUGGCGUCACUAAUUAAUAAUCCCUCGCGU